AUGGACGGCAACCCGGCCGACGCACGCAGCUGGAUCGCCGCGCGCGACAACGUCAGCCUCGGCGGCUUCUCGGUGCUGGCGUUGGCCGCCCCGAAACCGCCCGCGGCAGAGUCCGCCAUCGACAUGGCACUGACGCUGCAGGAAGCACGCCUGUUCGCCCGCGACGCGGACGGCCGUGCGCAGCUGGACGCCAGCGCACGCACGCCGAACGCCGACAUCACCGUCGUCAACCCGGGCGGCGGCGUCAACGCCGGCGAGGUCACGGCGGGCGCCAAGGCGCCGACAGAGCUGGGCAUCGUCACCGUCAACGGCGGCGACGUGUCGGCCAUCGUGGCGCAGAACUUCGACGUCAACCAGUCGCGUGUCUUCACCAUCGGCCAGGGCAACCUGCUGAUGUGGUCCUCCGGCGGCAACAUCGACGCGGGCCGCGGCGCCAAGACCGUGACCGGCGCGCCAGCGCCCGUGCUGCGGCUGGAUGCGAGCGGCAACCUCGUCUUCGAUACCUCGGGCUCCUUCAGCGGCUCGGGCAUCGCCGUGCUGUCCGCCGGCAACGACCUCGACCUCUACGCACCCACCGGCGAGAUCAACGCCGGCGAGGCGGGCAUCCGCUCCAAGGGCAAUGCCUUCCUCGGUGCAGAGCGGCUGGUUAACGCCAACGACAUCCAGCGGCGACCUGCGCGUGCGCGGCCAGGCCGAGUUCUUCGACAAGGACGCCAACCUGCCCGCCGAGGUCUACCGCUCGCAGACGGCCUCGCCCGCCUGGUCGCCCGACCUGACGAACACCAGCACCGACCGCCAGCGCCUGACACUGCGCGGCCGCCUCGAAGUGGACGCCAGGCUCAGCGACCAGGUGCUGGCCAGCGUGCGCCUAGCCACCGGCAGCACGGGCAACAGCGCCACGUCCACGUCGCAGACGCUGGGCAACGACUUCAACCGCUACACGCUCGGCCUGGACCGCGCCUACAUCCGCUGGCAGCCGCCGUUGUUCACCAACGGCCUGUCCGCGGACUUCGGCCGCAUGCCCAACCCCUUCUUCAGCACCGACCUGGCCUGGCCCGACGACCUCGGCUUCGACGGCGUGGCUACCAAGCUCGUGCACGCCUUCACGCCGCAGCGCAGCCUGUUCGCGACGGCCGGGGUCUUCCCGCUCGAAGAGCUGAACCUGUCCACGCAGGACAAAUGGCUGCUGGGCGCGCAGGUCGGCGGCGAGAUCGACCUCGCACGCGGCGUGCAGUUCAAGCUGGGCCUGGCCGCCUACGACUUCCGCCACAUGGAAGGCCGGCGCGAAAGCACCCCGCCACCCAGCGGCCCGCGCAGCGGCGCGACGAACUACUUCGCGUCGCAGUACGCCGCGGGCCUGCGCCUGAAGGGCAACACCCUCAUCAACCUGAACGACCCGACCAGCACCGCCGCGCCCACCUGGGGCCUGGCCGCCAAGUUCCGCGCCGUCAACCUGACGGCCAGCCUGCAACUGGACGGCGUGCUGCCGGUGCCGGUGGGCCUGACGCUGGACUGGAUCAAGAACACCGCCUUCGACCUGAAGGACAUCGAGGCCCGCGCCGGCAUGCCGCUGACGGACCUGAAGGACAAGACGACGGCGCUGCAGGCCCGCGUGCAGGUCGGCGCACCGAAGCUCUCGCGCCGCGGCGACUGGCAGGCCUUCACGGCCUGGCGCCUCGUGCAGCGCGACGCGUGGAUCGACGGCUUCACCGACACGACCUGGCACCUCGGCGGCACCAACUACAAGGGCUGGAGCCUGGGCGGCAACGUCGGCCUGGACAAGAACUUCUGGCUCAGCGGCCGCUGGACGAGCACGCGCAACCUCGACGACGGCGUGCGCUUCCUCGCCGUGCCGGGCGACCCGUCAUCCUUGAGCGGCAACCUCAGCAGCGCGCCGCUGCGCAUCGAGGUCUUCCAGCUCGACCUGAACGCGAGGUUCUGAAAAUGAAGCGCAUCGCCCUUGCCCUGAUGCUGGUUGCGAGCGUCGCCGCGCAGGCCCAGGACGCCAAGCCAUCCAAGGAACGUGAAGCCCUGCGCCGUGCCCAGGCCGCGCUGCGCGCCGCGCAGGAGCAGCAGAGCACGCUGCAGGCCGACAAGGCCAAGGCCGAAGCCGAUGUGGCCGCCGCGCAGAAGGACGCCGCCAGCGCCAAGGCCCAGAUCGCCGGCAGCGUCGCCAGGCUCAAGGCCCGCGAGGCCGAGCUGGACACGCUGCGAGCGCAAUUGCAGGCGGCCAAGGACGCACAACAGCUGGGUGAAGCCAAGGCCAUCGAACGCGAGCAGGGCCUGCAGCAGCAGAUGCUGUCAGCCCGCCAGGAAAGCGCGGCCCGCCAGCAGGCCAACCAGGCCCUGACGCAGCUGCUGGAACGCAGCACCACGGCCCUCGCCGACGCCGAGGCCAAGAACCGCCAGCUCUACGCCAUCGGCCAGCAGUUGCUGACCCGCUGGCAAGGCCGCGCGCCGCUCGACACCGCCCUGCUUCAGGACCCCGUACUGGGCCUCACGGCGGUGCGUUUCGAAGAUCAGGCCGAGAAGCUCCGCGCCGAACUGGCGGCGCAACGAGUCCCGCGCUGA